AUGAUGCUGGGGACAGCAGUGUUGACAUCAAGCGCUGUGCAGAGUACAGAUGUUUACUUGAAGUCAAGCCCGAUCUUAUCGUCUCUGAGGAAGGCAUGUCUGGUUGCACGUUAUCAAGAACAUUCCGAUUCCAAGUAUGUUGAUAUGGAGAUGGAAUUUGUGCUCGAGAAUCUCGACAUCUCAUCGUUAGGCUUGCUUCCUGGGCACGUCUAUAUCCGCAAUAUCACUGAUGUUGACAUCACCGCUCCUGCCGGGUUGCAGUCAACCACCACUGUCAUUGGCACACUCACGCACAUCAAGAUGCAAGCAGUCCAGCUCAUGCUCAAGGAGGUCUCAUUCUUCUACAGGGAUAAGGUUGCUACCAUCGGGCCCAAGGACUUCACAGGUCUCAUGAAGUUCGGUCUCCCGCAAAAAGGCAUCAGCAUUGAUCUUGAGUUCUGCUUGAUCCCAAAUACGCCCCAAGGUCUCAUGGAGUGCAAGAGUCUCGGAUGGUUCUUCAAGAUCGAACACAUCGAGGUGAAUGUGGCAGAAGGUAUCGACAUGCAAGUUAAGCAGUCCAACCACCCCAUCCUUGCGUCCGUCUUCCGGCCUGUCAUCAUGCUUUACUUCCACGAGGCGAUUUCACACACCCUGGAGGAGCAGAUCUGGGGAUUGGACUUCGGCAACACUACCUGGUAG